GUUACAGAGGCAACUUCGGUAGCGGUGACGACUUCGUUGUUUCUUCCCGCUCACAGAGUUUUGAGUCAUCGAGAGUCUUGAAGGAAAUGUCGGCGUUUGAUGACAACCCCUUCGCCGAGUCGGCUGGCGUCAACCCUUUUAAUGACCCGGCCGUCACACAGGUGACAAACUCCAGCGUAGAGUCUGUUGACCAGUACAACCCUUUCCCUGCAACAAACCUUGCUAGUCAGACCACUCCAGCCUCCAGCGCCCCCUACCAACCUGCAGUACUGCAGCCGUCCUCAGAGCCCACACCGCAGGCGACCGCCACUGCAGCGCAGGCCAACCUUCUGAGGCAGCAGGAGGAGCUGGAGAGGAAAGCUGCUGAGCUGGACCGCAGAGAGCAGGAGCUCCAGAGCCGAAAUUCCACAGGUAAAGAAAACAACUGGCCUCCGCUGCCCAAAAGCUUCCCGAUCAAGCCGUGUUUCUAUCAGGACUUUUCCGAGGAGAUCCCCACUGAGUACCAGAGGGUGUGCAAGAUGAUGUACUACCUCUGGAUGUUCAACUGCAUGACGCUCUUCCUGAACAUGCUGGCGUGUCUCGCCUACUUCACCACGUCGUCUACCUACGGGGUGGACUUUGGCCUCUCCAUCCUCUGGCUCAUCCUCUUUGCGCCCUGUUCCUUCCUCUGCUGGUACCGGCCCGUCUACAAAGCCUUCAAGUCCGACAGCUCCUUCAGCUUUUUCUUCUUCUUCUUCGUCUUCUUCUGCCAAGUGGUCAUCUUCGUCAUCCAGGCAGUGGGCAUCCCCCGGUGGGGCAACAGCGGUUGGAUCGCCGCCUUCUCCGUCAUCAAGUUCUCCAAAGCCGUGUGCGCCAUCAUGUUCAUCGUGGCCAUCCUCUUCACCGUCUGCGCCGUCAUGUCCGUCAUCCUCCUCAAGAUGGUCCACGGCAUGUACCGCCGCACCGGGGCCAGCUUCCACAAGGCCCAGCAGGAGUUCUCGCAGGGAAUCUUCACCAACAAAACCUUCCAAAGCGCCGCCGCCAGCGCGGCAUCAUCCGCUGCGCAGGGAUCUUUCCAGGCUAACAACUAGCUAGCGAUAGGCUAACGGUUCAGGUCAAGGUCUUCAUCUUAUCUGCUUGGGGUUGAAACGGGCAGGUUUGUGUCCAAGCUUAUAAUGUGAGGACCUUGAGCAAGGUGAGGCUGCACUCAUACUAACACCCACCAUCGCGCUGCCAGAUGACAUCAUCUGGAGGGGAGGGGGGGGCGGGAACCACAGCGGGUGCAUCGUGGGUGGAGCGUGAGAGACGGCGACUGAUGUCUUCAUUUCACUUCGUCUUGGCUUUGUAUAUUUUGUGUGCACUUUUUGGCAACGCUCGGCAGUGUAAAUUGUGCUUGGCAUUUUUUUUUCUUCUUUGUGGGUCAUUGUUUGGCAAUUUAACAUUUAGUUUUUGUUGAAUCCUAGCAAACGUGCUCUCGAUUGCUGCACGUGUACCUACCCAGGGAGAAAGUACGAUUCCGGAGCCAAACUACCGGUACUCAAACAGCACGUUUCCUCAAUUAGUGUCUGUCCUCUUAGUUGCCUUGUGCAUCAUUCACAGGGGGGGGGGCUGCCUCACUCACUCUCUAAAUCAAAUGUAAAUAUAAAAACUAAUAACUGGAACCAUGCCGGGGAAAGAAAGAUAAAUAAAAUGUUGACUUUAUUCUUGAAAUUAUGACUUUUCUCUAGAUUAUUUUUUUGAGGGGGUACUGCUAUCUUCAUACAGUCCAAUUUCUUUUGUUUUCAGACCUAACAUGAAGUUUACAAAAAUGUGCAUAUUGUCGCUGCUACUGCUGAGCUUUGGGAGGGAGAAGGAAAGAGAAUUUAAAAAAAAAAACCUUUGUGUAGUUGUGAUCGAGGACUUGUUGCUGUCCAAUGACAGUAACACCAUCCAAGAAGAAUAAACACCUCCCUCAAGUCAAGUCAAGAGUAUUUCUCGAGCGCUUUCAAACAGCCAUCGCUGCAUACAAAGUGCUGUACAUGGAGCAAUUUAACAUGCACAAUAAACAGACAAAUCGGUAAUAAAGGCGGUAGAAAGCACCAAACGGUAAAACACGGACCCAUAUCCAUUUUUGCAAUAUUAGAAUUGGCACACUCGACAGAUGUAGAGCUCAUUUGAACCCCGUUGCUAACCAAAGCAGCAGCACCUACCAAAGCAUGCAAAAAACUGGGAGCGUUUUUUUAAUUUUUUUUUUUAGCGUCAUGCAAAAUAAUUGACCAAUAAAAAUAUUCCGGAAAUGUUGCUGUAAAAUAUUUCAUAUCGUAGCCUAUUUAUUUCAAGGUGAUAACUUAAUAUCUGAACUUUGCUUUUGCGAUUAGAUGGCACGUUGCUGCGGUUGGGUUUGAACGAGAAGUCUAUUUUAGAAGGGGCCUCUGGUCCAUUUAGAAACGCUUGCUGUUAUCCGAACCAGUUGCUAAGGAGACAAACAUACCUCAUGUCCGUGGAGAACGUUAUUCAUAAGUUGCAUGAAAAAACACUUUUGAAUGAAUCCAAAUUUAAAACCUGCUCUCAGUCCAACAGGAAAUGAAGAUGUCAUCUACACACGGAUUUUAAAAAAAAUGAAACGGUUGAUUGUAGGAUGUGGGAUGUAUCGCUGCUGUCAUCGCCGGAGAAUCACAAUUAUCUUUUUUUAGCAGAUGAAUUGCUAGCAUUUAGCAUUUGAUCCAGCAACCAGAUGGUUAUGUGUGCUUUUUUUGUCUCAUGUGUUUGCAGAAGUCAGUGCCUUUCGCUAUGAAUAUAUUUAAUGUAGCAGCAAAAAAUAAAAUGUUUGGCUUUCAA